AUUCCUUCAUAUAUAAGGGCGAAGGAUAUCGGCUGCAAAUUCAGAUGCAUCAGUCGGACACACCAGGCGCAGAUUAGCUCGCCUGGUUCCAGACAAGAGCCAGUUGUCUACCCUCUCUAAGCAUCAUGCCUCAGUCCACUGGAUCGCCUGGAGUAUUGACAGGGAUGAUGGCCAAUGUAUCGGAUCCUUCAGCCCUCGUGUCUUCAACUCUCGGGCCCAGUGACAUGCUAACAAUGAACAGCCGAUACGAGGUCAAGAUGCUGGGCUGGAACGCUCCGCCUGACUUCAUGGAUUACGUCAGUCCUCACUGGAAGACGUUCGAGGCUCCAAACCCUUACUUGCACUACAUGUUGGGGGCGUUCUACGUCUGCUUCCUGUUCGCUUCCGUGUGUGGCAACGGCGUUGUCAUCUGGAUCUUCUCCAGCGCCAGAAGCCUUCGGACGCCGUCCAACAUGUUCGUUGUCAACCUGGCCUUGUUGGAUCUGAUGAUGAUGCUGAAGACGCCCGUCUUCAUCGCCAGCGCCUUCAACGACGGACCUGUCUUCAGCAGAACGGGCUGCGAAGUCUAUGCUCUGAUUGGCUCUUAUUCUGGCAUCGGGAGUGCCAUGACCAACACCGCCAUUGCAUAUGAUAGAUACAAAACCAUCGCCAAACCAUUUGAACCAAAGAUCAGCCGUGGCAAAGCCUUCUUGGCAAUCCUCGGCAUCUGGUUAUAUGCCACGCCCUGCAGUGUUCUUCCAUUCUUACGCAUCUGGGGAAGGUUUGUCCCAGAGGGCUUCCUGACUACAUGUUCGUUUGAUUACCUAACGCGAGACAACAACACGAGGAGCUUCGUUGCCUGCAUCUUCUUCUGCGCCUACGUGGUACCUGGCUUCCUCAUCAUGUACUUCUACAGCCAGAUAUUUAGUCAUGUCCGUGCUCACGAGAAGGCCAUGAGAGGACAGGCAAAGAAAAUGAACGUGGAAAACCUGAGAUCCUCCGUGAGCAAAGAAGACCAAGAAAAAUCAGCCGAAAUCAGAAUAGCCAAAGUGUGCAUGGGACUGUUCUUCAUGUUCUUGGUAUCUUGGACUCCCUACGCUGCCGUAGCCCUCAUUGGUGUCUUUGGAGACAGUUCCACUCUGACACCUCUGCUAUCGAUGCUACCUGCCCUCAACUGCAAGAUGGUGGCUUGCAUUGAUCCCUGGAUAUAUGCUAUAAAUCACCCGAGAUACAGGCUAGAGCUACAGAAGAGACUGCCUUGGUUCUGUAUUCACGAGGAGAAACCUGAGGAAAUUGCAUCUCAGGCCACCGCCGUCACAGAGAAGGCCUAAAGAAGAAGAAGAAGAAGAGGAGAGGUUGAAGGACGGGAUGUAAUGUUUACAACCAGGCGCCCCACAAAAAAAUGCAUCUUGGAGAAUUGUCUUGAUUCGAAACCUAAAUCAGAAAUAAAUGACGUGGGAGGCACACACACAGAAACCGAAUUGUUCGGGCUCAACGAAGUCAUCUUUGUAUUCAGAAUGGCAACCGGAUGAAAAAUUAAAUCGAUCAAACCAGUAGUAGUGAUAAGAAGUAAGUGUCAUCUACGAAAUACUACUAAUAGUUACUGGGACCAAGAGCUAUUCUAAGUUUAGGGUUAGAUGGCAGCAUCUAUAAUUGUUCCAGGUUUUGUUCAUUUAAAUAAAUGCAGGAGGUUACAGCUGAUUGAAGAGUAACAGGAAAUUUUGCAUUUAAAAAAAAUAAAGGUUUGCAUUAUUUGCUACAUAAAAGAGGAAAUGAGUGAAUAUUUGAAUAUUGGCAGUACAGUGAGAGGAAUUUCAAUUAUACCUCUUAUUUGAUUUAAUUAAACUACUCAAUCUUUCCAAAAAUGUACGAUUACGAUUUCUGUUAUUAACGACGACUGGGGUUACUAUUGGUGAAUUUAAGAAACCACCCACCUUGUUUUUAAAUUGAAAAUUAUGGGUACAACAGCCAAAAAGAUUAAAUAUUAGGUCGUGAUCUUAAGAAAAUAAUUGAUUUCUCUUGUUGCGUUUAUCUCUAAUGAUGCUGCUUGAGAAUUCACAAUGAGUCAUAAGUUAAUAACGGCUGAGACAAGUUUUUGAAGAGCUAAUUUGAACUUCGAACGUGUGUCUGGUAUGGACUCCUAUUACUCAGGAAGAAAGACGAUACCAACCACCUGUUGUUUCUUUGGGUAAGUCGUAUAAAGAAAUUGGGAAAUUCGUCGAUGGUUCCUACUCAUUUUGUGUGUGCUAUGACGCCAUUCCAAAUUCUCUGGCAUUAGAAAGAAUUCGUUCUCUCUCUCCCGUCCUUUUCAAAAUACAUUAAAUUAAAUCCAGUCACCCAAA